UAUAUAGUGCAGUCACAAGCAGCCUCAGCUAGUUGUCCCUAGGACGCAGUGCGUCCUGGCUAGUAAAUUGGCUGAAAAGUAGUUAUUCGUAUCUUCAUUAAAAAAUAAAAACAGUUUGAGAUCGCAACGAUAUAUCGCACCACGCAUGCCUCGUACAAAAGAAAUUAAAUUGUGUUAACGUGAAAAAACUUGAUAUAUAAAGAAUUAUUAUUUAAUCGAUUACAGUGAAAAUUGGUAUAAUCACAAUGAAUUCAAAAACUAAAAAACUGAAAAAUAAUGAUAAAAACAGCGACGUAAGUACCGAUGAAAGUAAUAUACAAAAGUUUUUCGCCGGAAAAACAGUAUUUCUCACGGGUUCCACAGGAUUUCUGGGACAAUGUAUUGUCGAGAAAUUAUUACGAGGUUGUCCAGAUUUGAAUAAACUUUAUAUGUUGGUAAGACCUAAAAGAGGAAUGUCUGUAUCGGAAAGGUUGAAGAAAUUUUUCAACCUCGAGAUAUUUGAUUUGCUUCGAGAGAAUUAAAUUAACUG